AUGGGGUUGAUGGCUAAGAACUUCAGUAGAGCUCUGAAAAGAGUAGAAAGAGGAAACAAGAGACCUUUCUCAAAAUAUCCUGUUGGUGACAGAGACAAAGACAGAACCGUGAAGAAAAGUGAUCAACAAUGUCAUGAGUGUCAAGGCUACGGUCAUUUCAAAUCUGAUUGUCCCACUGCUAAGAGAAAGGAAAUCAAAUGCUUUGAAUGCAAAGGUUUCGGUCACACUAAAGCUGAGUGCAUAAGCGUCUCGAACAGAAAAGAUAAAUCCUUCAUAGGAAUAAGCGAGAGUGACUCUGAGGAAAGUGAGGAUGAAUCUGACGGCACAAUUGGAUAUGUGGCUUUCAUGGUUGCUAUUGAAGAGAAGUGUGACUCCUCUGACAGUGAUUCAAGUGUGGACUUCAAGGAAGACUCUGCUGGUUCUGAGACAGCGCUAGAUCAGGUGAAAGAAGCAGUGUCAGAAAGUGAGGAAGAAGAUGAUUUGACUAUCAAUGUUGAAUCUGAAUUUCGAAAGCUCUAUGAUAAUUGGUUGGUUCUUGGUAAAGAAAAACUUGCUUGGGUUGAAGAAAAACUAGCUCUUCUAAGUCUGAACAAGGAGCUGACAGAUGCGCUGAAAUCUAAGGAAGUGAAGAAUAAUCUGCUCACUCAGGAGCUAUCUGACACCAAGAAGAGAAUUCUUAUGCUUAGAAGAUUGUUUGUGGUGCUUGUAGUAAAGGAAAACAGAUCAAAGUGCAGCACAAAAAGAUAUGCUUGGGUUCGGUUCAUCAGAGAAAAGUCUGAGACUUUGGAAAGCUUCAAGAUUCUAGCUCUUCAACUUAAGAAUGAGAUGAAGGGGAUCAAGCAGAUCAGGAGUGAUCAUGGAGGUGAGUUUCAAAGUGCUGUGUUUGACAAGUUCUGUGAGUCUCAAGGAAUUCAUCAUCAAUAUUCAGCCCCAAGAACUCCACAGCAAAAUGGAGUGGUCGAGAGAAAGAACAGGACGUUGCAGGACAUGGCUCGAGCCAUGAUCCAUGGUAAAGGGGUACCAGAAAGAUUUUGGGCAGAGGCUAUCAAUACAGCCUGCUAUGUAAUCAAUCGCGUGUAUGUGAGAAUGGGAACAAAUAAGACUCCAUACGAAAUCUGGAAGGGAAAGAAGCCAAACCUCAGCUACUUUCAUGUGUUUGGGUGUACGUGUUACAUCUAUAACGAUAAGGAUCAGCUCGGGAAAUUUGAUGCAAGGAGCGAUGAAGGGUUCUUUUUGGGAUACUCUCCUAACAGUGUAGCUUACAGAGUCUACAACAAAAGGAGUAAGAUGAUUGUUGAGUCUGUGAAUGUGGUCUUUGAUGAUGGUGGUAUUCCGACAGUAAGUCUCAUUCCGGAAAAUGAUGAUCGCAAUGAAACACCAAAGACUGCAACUGGUGAGAUUUUGUCCAUUACAGAUGGAAAAGAAAAUGAAAAACAGAGGGUUGAAGAAAAAUCCAGUGAGUUCAUUCCUCUGCAAGUUCACCGAAAUCAUUCUUCUCAAGAUGUGAUAGGAGAGGUUGGUGAGGGACGCAAAACAAGAGGAAAACAAAUCAACUUCAAAGAAAUGGUGAUGUUCUCGUGCUGUGAAAUGAUGGUGUUCUCGUGUUUUGUGUCUAUCGUGGAGCUAAAGUCUGUCAGAGAUGCUUUGGAAGAUUACUUCUGGAUCCAAGCAAUGCAAGAGGAACUAGAGGAGUUUCAGCGUAAUGAUGUAUGGUUCUUGGUUCCCCGACCGUCUGAAGUGAACGUGAUUGGAACGAAAUGGAUUUUUAAGAACAAAGGGGAUGAGGAGGGGCACAUCAUCAGAAACAAGGCUCGCCUUGUCGCACAGGGAUACACUCAAGUGGAAGGUGUUGACUUCGACGAAACUUUUGCUCCUGUGGCUAGAUUGGAAUGCAUCCGUUUUCUGUUAGGAACAGCCUGUGCACAGGGAUUCAAGUUAUAUCAGAUGGAUGUCAAAAGCGCUUUUCUAAAUGGAUACAUUCAAGAAGAGGUGUAUGUUGAACAUCCUCAAGGAUUCGAAGAUGCUUUCUUACCUCACCAUGUGUACAAACUGAAGAAAGCUUUAUAUGGGUUAAAACAGGCACCUCGUGCAUGGUAUGAAAGGCUCACAGCCUUUCUUCUUGAUCAAGGCUAUGACAGGGGUAGUGUGGACAAGACUCUCUUUGUCAGAGAAACCAAGGAAGGGAUGGUCAUGGCCCAAAUCUAUGUCGACGAUAUUGUUUUUGGAGGAACAUCGGAUCAGCUUGUUGAAAGAUUUGUGAAGACUAUGACAUCUGAGUUCAAGAUGAGUAUGGUUGGCGAACUCACCUAUUUCUUGGGUCUUCAAAUCAAAAAAUCUGAUGCUGGUAUCACAGUGUCUCAAAGUACUUAUGCAAAGAAUCUGGUGGAACGGUUUGGGAUGUGUUCCAGCAAACCACCAAGAACUCCUAUGAGUACAACUGUGAAACUGUCCAGAGAUGAAAGUGGCAAGAGUGUUGACGUGAAAUUGUAUCGUGGGAUGAUAGGCAGCCUUCUCUAUCUCACGGCAAGCAGACCAGACUUGUGUCUAAGUGUUGGUCUUUGUGCAAGAUACCAAGCAAAUCCAAAGGAGUCUCAUCUCUCGGCUGUGAAACGGAUAAUCAAGUAUGUGAAAGGCACUAUCAACUACGGUUUGCGCUACACUCGAGACACCAACCAGAAUCUUGUGGGUUACAGUGAUUCAGAUUGGGCAGGCUCUGUAGAUGAUCGGAGAAGCACCUCCGGUGGAUGUUUUUUUCUCGGCAACAAUCUCAUAUCUUGGCACAGUAGAAAACAAAAUUGUGUCUCUCUCUCUACUGUUGAGGCUGAAUAUAUUGCACUUGGUAGCUGUUGCACUCAACUCUUGUGGAUGCGACAAAUGGGCUAUGACUAUGGAAAUGUACUUACUGUCCUUGACCUCAAAACCCUCUUGUUGUUAAGUCUAUCGUGGGAGAGAGCUGCCUUCCAUGUCCUCAAGACUUGA